UCGCCAAUCCAAGCUCAGGAGGCGGGACUUGUCGAAAUACGGGGAGGCUUGUGCGGUUAGCAUGUGAGCUAAGCUCGCUGUAAUGAGUGUUUUGUAGUCAGAACCUUCGCCAUGUCUCAGAUUUCUGUAAAUUAUGUGUUGUUAGGCGGACAGUUUUUCUUGCUCGUGUCGGUGCUGCUUUUGCAAUGCCUGGAAGGGACCGACUCUGAGAACUCCACCACACCCGGAAGCAGAGAGACAACAGCAACCAGCACCAUUACAACCACAACGACAACGACUACAACAACAUCUACUACAUCCACUACAGUCACAGCGCUGUGCACACAGCAACCUGAAGAGAACGUCACGUAUAAAAACAUCACAACAGCAGAGCCGGCAAACCACACGGAGCAGUAUGAAUACAGCCCUCCAUCCCCGGUGGUGCUCUGCCGCUACCUUCCUGAGGAGUUUAUAUACUGCAGAGAACCUGUCGAUCACGACGGAAACCUCACAGCCUUCCUGGAGCUGGGACACGGCUGUGUGAAGAUUGGAAAUCAAGGUCAGGUGUACAAAGAUGUGAAUCACACUCAGGUUCUGUGCACAGCUCUGGACGGCAUCGAGUGCGCCGGGCCUCGGGAAUUCCUCCGAGGGAACGAACCAUGCAUCAAAUACACGGGGCACUACUUCAUCACCACGCUUUUGUACUCGUUCUUCCUGGGUUGCUUCGGCGUGGACCGCUUCUGCCUGGGUCACACAGGCACUGCCGUCGGGAAGCUGCUGACUCUUGGAGGCCUGGGAAUCUGGUGGUUUGUGGAUCUCAUCCUGCUCAUAACCGGAGGACUGACACCCAGUGAUGGCAGCAACUGGUGCACGUUCUACUGAUCGCUCACGUUUCCACCUGCAAGCACCGUGCUACUGUAUCAUCACUGACAUUUAAGCACUUGACGUAAACACAGCCUAGUUUGUGAUUCAAGAAACGUCUAAGAUACGGCGUUGCUUUGUACAGUGUAAAGAUUGUAAGUAUUUUUUUGUUGCUGUAAAUAAAAUGUCAUUCAUUGUGUACAUGUUUAAAUAAAAACACAAUAAAUACAUAAUACAGUG